AUGGAGCAACAGGGAACGCUCGAAGAAAUUGAACGACAAUUCCUGGACGUUGCUCAACGAGACGGUCUUGAUGGUCUCGUUGAGGAGGUGCCGGCGAGUAUCGAUGUGAAGGAUUUGAAUGGAAAUGGAGAAGCACCGGCGGUGCCACCGACACGUGGAGGUGGAGGAUCCGGCGACGAUGAGGAUAGGAAGAAGAGGAAGAGAUCCAGAAGUCGUGAUCGAGGAGGGGAUAGGGAUAGGAAGCGAUCUCGAUCCCGUGACCGUGACCGUCGCGACCGCUCUCGCUCCCGCGAUCGUCGUCGUGAUCGCUCCAGAGAUCGUGGCGGCGCCCGUGACGAUCGCCGUGCACCACGCGAUGACGACCGUCGUCGUGAUCCGGAGCCCCAGAAGCCCCGCGAGCCAAAGAAAUACCGAUUCUGGGAUGUGCCACCAAACGGCUUCGAGAACAUCACUCCGAUGGAAUACAAGAAUAUGCAAGCGUCCGGAGCGGUUCCACGUGGCAGUGUCCAAUCGGCGGUGCCCGUCGUCGGACCGUCCGUCACGUGUCAAUCGAGACGUCUCUACGUUGGAAACAUUCCAUUUGGGUGUAAUGAGGAGGCGAUGUUGGAUUUCUUCAAUCAACAAAUGCAUCUUUGUGGUCUCGCACAGGCGCCCGGCAACCCGAUUCUCUUGUGUCAAAUUAAUUUGGACAAGAAUUUCGCGUUCAUCGAGUUCAGAUCGAUAGACGAAACGACCGCCGGAAUGGCUUUUGAUGGAAUCAAUUUCAUGGGACAACAGUUGAAAGUUAGACGUCCCCGAGACUAUCAGCCUUCGCAGAAUACGUUCGAUAUGAACGCGAGAAUGCCCGUCUCGUCGAUUGUUGUCGACUCGCCCAAUAAGAUUUUCAUUGGUGGACUUCCGAAUUAUUUGACCGAGGAUCAGGUGAAAGAGCUGCUCUGCUCAUUCGGACCGCUGAAGGCGUUCUCGUUGAAUAUGGACUCGCAGGGAAAUAGCAAAGGAUACGCGUUCGCCGAGUACUUGGAUCCAACUCUUACUGAUCAGGCGAUCGCAGGACUGAACGGAAUGCAACUCGGCGACAAACAACUCGUCGUUCAACUCGCUUGUGCCAAUCAAACUCGUCACAACACUCAUCUUCCAAACUCCGCCUCCGCAAUCGCCGGUAUCGAUUUGUCUCAAGGAGCCGGACGUGCGACGGAGAUCUUGUGUCUGAUGAAUAUGGUGACUGAAGAUGAGUUGAGAAGCGACGAAGACUAUGAGGAGAUUCUGGAGGAUGUACGAGAGGAGUGCUCGAAGUAUGGAAUUGUCCGCUCUCUGGAGAUACCCAGACCGUAUGAUGAACAGCCGGUGCCAGGUGUUGGAAAGGUGUUCGUCGAGUUCGCCACCACAUCCGAUUGUCAACGUGCGCAGGCGGCGCUCACCGGACGCAAAUUCGCCAAUCGCACCGUCGUCACCUCCUACUACGACGUCGACAAAUACCAUAACCGUCAAUUUUAA